AUGGACGAGUUGGCCGGCCUUAUGGACGUCAAACCAAAUCUAUGCAAAUAUUUCGUUACUGACCCCAAGCUAUGGUUUCACAUGUAUUUCGGUCCUUACGUUCCCUAUCAGUACAGGUUGACGGGUCCAAAUUCGUGGUCUAAAGCCAGAGAGUCUAUACUUACCCACUCGACAGCACUAUAUAUGUUUUAA